AAGCAAAGACUCUACUUGAGACAAUGUAUAUAGGAGGUAGUGAUGCAAAGCCAAAUAGUUCUGAAAUACAGGGAAUAAAGCAUAUUUUAAACAGGCCUAAAAAUGACCCCAUAGACUUUCUACCAGAAGAUGACAUUGCAUCAAUGAGAGAUGUUUUUGAUGUGAUGGAUGACAAUGAAAUUCUCACAAGGCAGCUAGCUAGUGGAACAGAUACUUACAAGCAGCCCGUGGAAGGUCGUAGUCGCGACGGUGGAUUACGUUUGGCGAAAUGGAACGUUGUAGUUGGUUUAGAUGUUCGGCGAAAUGGAACAGUCAAUAAAGCGCGGUUUAUCGACCACAUAACCGACGAAAGUUCAAUAUAA